AUGUCAAAGGUUGCUAAGGUUGAUCAUAGAGUUAAAACAUAUCUGGAGAAAGUUGGGUAUGAAAAAUGGGCUCGGUGUCACUCUCCUGUAAAUAGAGGUAGAAUGAUGACUUCAAAUAUAGCCAAAUGUAUUAAUGAUUGUUUGGUUGAGGCUAGAAAACUUCCUAUUCUAGGUUUCCUAGAAGAAGUUAGAAUCUUAUUUGCUGCAUGGAAUUGUAAGAAUAACAAAAUUGCAUCGUACACAAAUACAACUCUUGGCAGAAGAUUUGAUGAAAUUCUAACUCAUAAUGGUGUUAAAUCUUUGCGGAUGACGAGGUACAUUGUAGAUAUUGAGCGUGGCACAUGCAAUUGUGUCCGAUAUCAAAUUGAUGAAAUACCUUAUCCACAUGAAAUUGCCGUAUUAAAAAGUAAAAAUGUGGAUGUAAAGGAUUAUGAUCGUUAUUGCUCUGAAUUGUACAGGCCACAAACCAUAGUGAAGACAUAUGAACUCCUGAUAGUUCCAAUGCCAGACAAGAAGGAUUGGAAUGUUCCAUGUUUUGUUGAUGAUGAAGAAGUUUUGCGCUCAAAUAUCGAAGACCUCCUGGUAGGCCAAAAAAAGGAAGGCAUCUGA